CGCCGCGUGGGUAUAUCAGACUACAUUACCCGUCACUCAUCACCGUGACGCAGUUUCGGCGCAUUGAGAACUUAUGCCCGAGCGAUCGUCCCUAGAACUUGUCAGGGCAAGUUCCUUUACAUCGUUUAACAACCUUUUUUUUGGAUAAUGGCGUAAAUGUCUAAAGUUGAGUUGGUGUUAGACGCAUUUGUAUUGUCGCAAAAAUGCUCACUCUGACGCUCACGAGGUUAGCUGGGUGGGUAGAUGUGCCCGUGCCCAAAUGCUCCUCCCUGCUGUACAGACUAGUUUCCUUAUCAUCACGUUCCCAGAAGAAGAGCAGUCCGUACAGCUCAUUCGACAGUGAGCGGUACUCGUCCCUAGUUAGAUCCGUCAUGUCGUCCAGAGUCAGUUCUCAAACGCCUGAGAGCCUUCAUGCUGAGGACGAACAUGUGUAUGGACCUGUGGUCCAGGCUGCGGCACCAUCAGCAUCACAGGUGAGGACACCGAAGAUCCAGCAUCCUUUUAAACAUGACCAGGACUUUUCAACCACCACUGAGCCCGAAAAGUGUCGUCCACUUCGGAUUUCAUUAAACUGGAUCCAAGGCAAAUGGUCCCCGCCGAGUGUGACCCGCAUCAUCCAGCAGACCAUGAGUCCUGAGCAGAUCUUCUACCUGGAGAGAUGGAGGAAAAAUAUGAUCGCAGAGCUGGGAGAGAUCGGCUUCAGGGAGUACAGUCAAAAUUUAUUUCGGCAAGGGAAGCUUUUCCACUCUGCGGUGGAGAAAAUCUUGGAGUCAGGAGCAGCACAGAGAGAUACGGAUUUGCCCGGGGAAGACUCACCAGCAUUCCCAAUUGAGAUCGCGGGAUACAUGACAAGCAUCUCCCACAUUUUGAAAGAUGUGAGUGAUCCCGGUGCCAUUGAGAGCGCAGUGCAGCACGACACCCUCAACUAUCGUGGCGUCGUGGACUGUGUCGCCCGUUACAAAGGUGUUUUGUGUGUCAUCGACUGGAAGACGUCUGAGAAACCAAAACCGUUCCUGAGCAACACAUACGACAACCCCAUCCAAGUGGCUGCCUACGCUGGGGCUCUGAACAGCGACAAGAACUACAACUACCAAGUUGAAAAUGGACUCAUUGUCAUCGCCUACAAGGAUGGUUCACCUGCGCACGCCCAUCAACUCGACCAGGAGAUGAUGCUGGACUACUGGAGAAAGUGGCUUCUACGCCUUGAAGACUUUUCAGAACAGAAAUCGGGGGAUUCAUCCAAUGCUGAGAACAAAUGACCCAGUCAAAGUGCAUUGAUGCUGAACCAAUCUUCUUCCAAGAUCUUUUUAAUAUCCAUUUUUGCCAUUUUAAAAUUAAUUUUUGCAGUGAAAUCCCAUUUUUAAUCAAGUUAAACUAUUAAAUCCAUACCACACUGCUCUGUAUUCAGGGUCCUCUGUGAAGCCAAGCUUUUGAAAGAGUCUGUAGGAGACAAGGUUCUUCUCCUCGAUGGAGCAGUAGACGGGGUAGCCCUCACUGUGAAGACUCCUGGCCAUGGUGCUGAUCAGAAUUUUAGCGUAGCCUUUCCCCCGGUGCUCUGGGAGCGUGUACAACAUUCCCAUGGCAGAUGAGUUGUACGUCAGGAUCCAGGAGACCGGCUGCCCUCUCUCAUCCAAAACACACUUGGAGGGAAAGUUGCGAAUCAUGUUGCGGAUCAUAGUCUCAGCCAUGCCCUCGCUGAACUUCCAUGUCUGGUUCACUAGCUGAAUGUGGGAUUCAGUGAGGGAGGCGAGUCUGACCCCAGUGCUGAUGCAGAAGAGACAGGAUGCAUCAAUGAGUGACUUCAGAAGCUGUUGUAGCAGCUGUAGCACAUGUGUUUAAGAGGAAAUGACAAUCUGGGUUUGACGUCUUUAACCUUGUAAAAUGAUUGAGAUUAUCACUCCAAACCAAAAAUGACCUACCUGUCCACAGGUGGAAGUUUGUUGACAUCUGUCAGUGUCAUCAUGUGACAAAUGGCCAGUUCACUGCAAGGCACUUUUUUUUCAGAUGCCAAUGUUUUGAAUAGGCUGAUGUCUUUGAGAUUGGUGCCUAGAAAUCAAAUAAAAACAACAGCGAUUGCUUUAUAUUUAUAAACACAAUAGACAUGUCCAAAUGGAAUCACACACCUUUGUACCUAUUACUGGAACUAAAAACAAUGACCAAACAACUACAACAAUGACAGAAGAGUGAGUGACUUUAACAACAUUUUUAAAAUAGUUUUUGUCUGACCAUUUAAAGCAGCAACCAGUGGUGUCAGAGUAACUCAACUAGGUUAACUGCAAGUGCCUGAUUUUUUUUUUUAUCUAAACAAACUGAUGUUUGGUCUGCACAUUUUCUGGAAGCGUGCUCCGAAUAAAGAGAAGUUUCUGAAAUAUGUGAAAGUUGUAAUAUCUUU